AUGACAACAUAUUCUUAUUUAAUUAUAUUAUUUAUUCUUCUUGAUAACUAUUGUUCUGCUUACGGAUAUGGUUACUACUCACGUCAUCGACGUAAAUAUAUUGAUCCAGCUAUUGCUUCAUUUGUAAAAGCACCGCAUUUAGGUUCGGUGUGGUUUACACAGCGUGGAAGAUACAUAUACAUUAAUGGAUCCGUGUCAGGACUUCCACCUGGAGGAACAGUAGGUGUUCAUAUUCAUAGAUAUGGAGGACUUGGAAACAUGUGUCUUGAAGCUGGUCCCCAUUUUAAUCCAUUCAACCAACGUCAUGGACCACGUCAUGGAUUUCCUAGACAUGCUGGAGAUUUAGGCAACCUUAGAAUUGGACUAGAUGGUGUAAUGAAAUUUGACAUCUUUGUUACUUCAUAUGGACUGGCAAAAUAUAAUGGAUUUGUUGGUCGAUCUCUUGUGAUACACGCUUACGCAGACGAUCUUGGAAGAAAUCCAGACGAGGGUAGUAGAACAACUGGUAAUUCUGGUCCAAGAUUAGCUUGCGCUACAAUAGGAUAUCGUGGACCAUGA